ACACAUUUAUUCAAGCCAACUUGAAAUCGCUGAGAAAACGGGCAACAAAAUACUCAAUCUGAAGUUUAAAGCCCAGAUGCACACCAAUGAAUAUCACAAAUUUGUUGGGUUGUCGCAAGAAUGGAAUUGCGUUGACAAAUCAGUGAUGCAUCGCGAAAAGUUUGAAAUGAUGCAAAAACAUUGGCUUGAACAUCCAGGUGAUAUUAGAAUUAAAGGCGAUGUACGUGUGAUUUUCAUGAAAAAGUUCUUGAUUGGCGAAGGAAGUGGUGGAACCGUUUAUCUUGGCUUGGGAAAGGAUGGUUAUGGAAAAGCUGUAAAACGAAUCCUUAAUGAUAGCUGUAUCCAUCUUGCUCUACGAGAAAAGAAUAUUUUGAAUGAGCCAAACGCAAUGAAGUCGAAGCAUGUUGUAAAGUAUUGGAACUUCGUAGAAGAGGAAGGAGAAGAUUUUGUCUAUUUGAUAUUAGACUUGUGCGAACAAACCUUGACAAGUUUUGUUAAGUCUAGUAGUUUAGAUAAACUUCACGAAGCCCUUCCCGAAAUCCUUAGACAAAUUUUAAAUGGAUUAUCUGAUCUUCAUAGUGGCCCAAGUUCUAUUCUUCAUCGGGAUUUAAAGCCUUCUAAUGUUCUUCAAGACGUGAAAGGCAAAUUUAUGAUAGCUGACUUUGGUAUUAGUCGAAUUUUGAAGAGUGGCUCUAACACACAUAAAAGCGAUCCUAAUAGGGGAACUCAGUAUUGGAUUGCACCUGAAUCCUAUAUUGAUGGUCGUUACAAGAAAGAGUCUGAUAUAAUGAGUGCAGGAAUGGUGGCUUAUUAUGUUGCAACAAAAGGGGAACAUGCAUUUGGAACUGAAGAGAAUAGAUUGAAAAACUUGUUAGAUGGAAACCCUGUUGGCUUAAAGAAAAUUGAUGAUGUUCAACUUAAAGAUCUUCUUUCAUGGAUGCUACAGCAUAAGCCUGAACUCAGGCCAUCAGCCAUUGAGGCGUUAAAACAUCCUUAUCUACAAUCCAAUGAAGAAAUGUUUGACAUGCUGUGUGAUGUUGGAAACCAACCGGAGAUAAAGCAACCACAAUGUCAAAAUUCAGAUGUUCGUAGGCAGUUGGAUUGUCCCACAGAAUGGACGAAACGUAUCGAUGAUGAAAUUUUGAAAUAUUUCAAAACAUUUGAAGUAAACAACAAAGAAAGAACUGUAACCUACGAGUCUUCAUGGGCAAGUUGUUUGAGAUUCAUACGUAACGUUGGUCAGCACUGGCAUGAUAAACCUCAUCCACGUCUAUCGCCAUAUAUCAACGAAGGCAAUUAUAAAGAGUUUUUCAUGCAACGUUUUCCCAAACUUCCUCUACUGGUGCACAAAAUUAUUAGGUCGACUGACUGGAAAACAAGACCUGAUCUCAAAAAACAUUUUACGACUUUUUACGAAAAGAUAUCUUUGCCAUCUCCCAUGAGUGACAACGACUAUGACGACAUUGACAAAACUCCUUCUUCAGCAGUACUUGAUGAUAAUAACAGUGAAGUCAUCAUUGGUGUUUCGCCUUCCGCAUCAAAACCUGAUGGAGAUGAUAAUUUGGAUGAACACUUUUGGAUGAACACAAGCUUUUCAGAAGAAGAGGGAAAACAACGUUUGGAAGUUCAAGAAGUGUUGCGUCAACCAUGGAAAUAUUGUGAUAAAUCAUUAAUACAUCAGGAAAAGUUUAAAAAGAUGGAGGAAUAUGGACGCAAACAUCCAGAAAAAUUUACACUGCUCAGUGAAUUGCGUGUAAUUUUCAUGAAGGAGUUUUUGCUUGGCAAGGGAAGUGAUGGAACCCGUGUUUACCUUGCCCUGGGAAACGAUGGUUAUGGAAAAGCAGUAAAGCGAAUACACAAAGAUAGCGGCAAAGACUUUGCAAAUCGAGAAAAAGAAAUUUUUAAUAAGUUGAAUGCAAAGCGUUCAAAUUAUGUUGUGAAUUUUUGGGAUUUAAAAGAGAACCUUGACGAAGAGUAUUUGUACGUGAUAUUAGAUUUGUGUGAAGAAUCGUUAGAGAGUUAUGUGAAAUCUUCUUCUUUGCAAAAUCUACUAAAAGUCGUUCCUACAAUUCUUAUGCAGAUUUUAAAAGGUUUAGCUGAUCUUCACAGUGGUCCAUGUCCUAUUCUUCAUCGGGAUUUAAGACCAUCGAACGUUCUUCGAGAUGUGGAUGGAAAUUUUUUAAUCGCUGACUUUGGUAUAAGUCAUAUGUUAUCUGAUGAAACUUCGACACAUCUGAGCAUACAGAGAGGAGCUAAAAAUUGGAUAGCUCCAGAGUCAUAUGACAAAACAGAUGGAUCAAUUAAUAAAGUUCGUUACAAAAAAGAGUCUGACAUUAUGAAUGCAGGAAUGGUGGCUUAUUAUGUUGCAACAAAGGGAAAACAUCCUUUUGGAGAUGAACGGCAUAGACUGGACAACAUUUUGAAAGGAAACCCAGUUGGCUUGGACGAAAUCGAGGAUGCCACGUUCAAAGACCUUUUAUCGUGGAUGCUACAGUUACUACCUGAAGACAGGCCAUCUGCCGAUAAGGCGUUAAAGCACCCUUAUCUGCAAUCAGACAAAGAGAAAUUUAACAUGCUGUGUGAUAUGGGGAGCCUACUGGAGGUGAAACAUUCACAAGGUCAAAAUUCUCCCACUUCAGACGUUCAUAAGCAGUUGUAUGGUUCCAAAGAAUGGAUGAAGCGUAUCGAUGAUGAAGUCGUCAAAGAUUUGAUCAACUUUGAAGUAAACGACAGUAUAAGAACUCUAAAGUACGAGUCUACAUGGGCAGGAUGCUUAAGAUUCAUACGAAACGUUGACCAACAUUGGCAAAAUAAUCCUCGUCCGCAUCUAUCCCAAUAUGUGAAGCAAGGCAAUUAUAAAAAGUAUUUCCUGCAAGUUUUCCCGGAGCUUCCUCUUCUGGUGCACAAAGUCAUAAGGUUGACUGACUGCAGAUCCACUCCAGAUCUGAAAGAACACUUUGCUAAAUUGCAGUUGAAAGAAUGGGAGUAUUUUGAUCAAUCAAUAAAGCACAAAGAGAUGUUCUUAAAAUUAAUUAAGUAUGGACGCGACCCAGAUAUCAAGGUUAAAUGUGUGAACGACGUACGUGUAAUUUUCUCGGACGAGUUUUGCAUUGGCAAAGGAAAUAAUGAAACCCGUGUUUAUCUUGGACUGAACAAGGAUGGUUAUGGAAAAGCAGUAAAACGAGUACGUCGAGAUAACUGUAACAAAGAAGCAGAGAACGAAAUGAAAAUUUUAAAUGAAAUCAAAACUAAGAAUUCGAAAUAUGUUGUGAAUUGUUACCACUUAGAAGAAGAUACCGGAACUGAAUAUAUCUAUUUGAUACUUGACCUAUGUGAAGAAUCGCUGGAGAGUUUUGUAAAAUCUUCUACUUUGGAGGAUCUUCAAAAAUUUCUUCCCGAAAUUCUCAAGCAAAUUUUAAAAGGAUUAGCUGAUCUACAUAGCGAACCAAAUCCUAUUCUUCAUUGUGAUUUAAAACCAUCUAAUGUUUUUCGAGAUUCACAAGGACAAUAUCUGAUAGCUGACUUUGGUAUUAGUCGAAUAUUGAUAAACGGCCUUAAGACACAUGUAAGCGAUGCUACUAAGGGAACUCAGUAUUGGAUGGCUCCUGAAUCGUACGUUGUUGAUGAAGAAACAGUUGAUAAAGCACGAUAUAAACCUGAGUCUGAUGUAAUGAAUGCAGGAAUGGUGGCUUGUUAUGUUGCAACCAAAGGGAAACAUCCUUUUGGACCUCCAGAGUAUAGACUGAAAAACUUGUUAGAUGGAAACCCUGUUGGCUUAAAGAAAAUCGACAAUGUUCAACUUAAUGACCUUCUUUCAUGGAUGCUACAACGUGUACCUGAACUAAGACCAUCUGCCAACGAGGCGUUAAAACACCCUUAUCUACAAUCCUAUGAGAAGAACUUUGAUAUGUUGUGUGAUGUGGCAAACCAACCAGGGAUAGAGAUACCAUAUUUGGGUCAUCCUCUUAACUCAGAUGUGCAUGAGCAGUUAAAUGAUCUGAAUAAUUGGAUGGACCGUAUUGAACCUGAAGUCUUUAGUAAUUUCAAUAAAAGUCAAUACGACUCCUCAUGGUUGGGUUGCUUAAAGUUUUUGCAAAACGUUCACCAGAAUUGGCAUGAUAAACCAAUCAAGGAAGGCAACUAUAAAGAGUAUUUCUUACGAGUUUUCCCAGAGCUUCCUCUGCUGGUGCAUAGAAUCACAAGGCAUAAUGAUCGGAAAACAAGACCUGAUCUUGAAGAUCAUUUUACAAAAUUGCAGUUGAAAGAAUGGAAGUGUUUUGAUCAAUCGAUAAAGCACAAAGAGAUGCUCUUAAAAUUAAUUAAGUAUGGACGCGACCCAGAUAUCAUGGUUGAACGUUUGAACGACGUACGUGUAAUUUUCUCGGACGAGUUUUGUAUCGGCAAAGGAAAUAAUGGAACCCGUGUUUAUCUUGGACUGAAAAAGGAUGGUUAUGGAAAAGCAGUAAAACGAGUACGUCGAGAUAGCUGCAUGAAAAUAGCAGAGAAUGAAAAGAAAAUUUUGAAUGAGGGAAACGCAAAGUACUCGCAAUAUGUUGUGAAUUAUUCCUACUACGAAGAAAUCCUUGGAACAGAACAUGUCUAUUUGAUACUUGAUCUAUGUGAAGAAUCGCUGGAGAGUUUUGUAAAAUCUUCUUCUUUGGUGGAUCUUCAAAAAUCUCUUCCCGAAAUUCUCAAGCAAAUUUUAAAAGGAUUAGCUGAUCUUCAUAGAGGUCCGCGUCCAAUUCUUCAUCGUGAUUUGAAACCUUCCAAUGUUCUACGAAACGCACGAGGAAAAUUUCAGAUAGCAUACUUUGGUAUCAGUGGAGUAUUGAAGGAUGGCUCUAAGACAUAUAAAAGCAACACUUACAGGGAAACUGAAUAUUGGAUGGCUCCUGAAUCAUAUCGUGAAAAUGAUGAGUCGGUUGAUAAAGCACGUUACAAAAAAGAGUCUGAUGUGAUGAAUGCAGGAAUGGUGGCUUAUUAUGUUGCCACGAAAGGGGAGCAUGCUUUUGGAACUGAAAAGAAUAGACUGAAAAACUUGUUAGAUGGAAACCCUGUAGGAUUGGAAGAAAUUGGUGAUUUACAACUUAGAGAUCUUCUUUCAUGGAUGCUGCAACAUAAACCCGUAGACAGGCCAUCUGCCAAAAAAGCGUUAAAACAUCCAUAUCUGCAAUCUGCUGAAGAGAACUUUGAUAUGCUGUGUGAUAUGGUGAAUCAACUGGAGAUAGAGAUAUGUGAUCCUCUCAACUCAGAUGUCCAUAAGCAGUUAAAUGAUCCAGAAAAUUGGAUGGACCGUAUCGACGGAGAAAUUUUUAACAAUUUCAAUGACUUUGACCCUACAUGGUUUGGCUGCUUAAAAUUUUUACAAAACGUUCGCAAGCAGUGGCAAGAUCAACCUCAUCCACAACUGCCGCCAAGUGAGGGCAACUAUAAAAAGUAUUUCCUGCAAGUUUUUCCGGAGCUUCCUCUUCUGGUGCACAGAAUCAUAAGGUAUAUCGAAAGGAAAUCCACUCCAGAUCUGGAAGAACAAUUUGCUAAAUUGCACUUGAAAGAAUGGAAGUAUUUUGAUCAAUCAAUAAAACACAAAGAGAUGUUCUUAAAAUUAAUUAAGUAUGGACGCGACCCAGAUACCAAGGUUACAUGUGUGAACGACGUACGUGUAAUUUUCUCGGACGAGUUUUGCAUUGGCAAAGGAAAUAAUGAAACCCGUGUUUAUCUUGGACUGAAAAAGGAUGGUUAUGGAAAAGCAGUAAAACGAGUACGUCGAGAUAACUGUAACAAAGAAGCAGAGAACGAAAUGAAAAUUUUGAAUGAAAUCAAAGCUAAGAAGUUGAGUUAUGUUGUAAAUUGUUACUACUUAGAAGAAGAUACCGGAACUGAAUAUGUCUAUUUGAUACUUGACCUAUGUGAAGAAUCGCUGGAGAGUUUUGUAAAAUCUUCUACUUUGGAGAAUCUUCAAAAUUCUCUUCCCGAAAUUCUCAAGCAAAUUUUAAAAGGAUUAGCUGAUCUUCAUGGCGAACCAAAUCCUAUUCUUCAUCGUGAUUUAAAACCAUCUAAUGUUCUUCGAGAUGCACAAGGACAAUAUCUGAUAGCUGACUUUGGUAUUAGUCAAAUAUUGAAAAACGGCCUUAAGACACAUGUAAGCGAUGCUACUAAGGGAACUCAGUAUUGGAUUGCUCCUGAAUCGUACGUUGUUGAUGAAGAGUCAUUUGAUAAAGCACGAUACAAACAAGAAUCUGAUGUAAUGAAUGCAGGAAUGGUGGCUUAUUAUGUUGCAACGAAAGGGAAACAUCCUUUUGGACCUCUAGAGUAUAGACUGAAAAACUUGCGAGAUGGAAACCCUGUUGGAUUGAUGGAAAUCGAUGAUGUUGUACUUAAAGAUCUUCUUUCAUGGAUGCUGCAACAUACACCCGAACUCAGACCAUCUGCCGAAAAAGCGUUAAAACAUCCAUAUCUGCAAUCUGCUGAAGAGAACUUUGAUAUGUUGUGUGAUGUGGUGAAUCAACUGGAGAUAGAGAUAAGUGAUCCUCUCAACUCAGAUGUCCAUAAGCAGUUAAAUGAUCCAGAAAAUUGGAUGGACCGUAUCGACGGAGAAAUUUUUAACAAUUUCAAUGACUUUGACCCUACGUGGUUAGGCUGCUUAAAAUUUUUACAAAACGUUCGCGAGCAAUGGCAAGAUGAACCUCAUCCACAACUACCGCCAAGUGAAGGCAACUAUAAAAAGUAUUUCCUGCAAGUUUUUCCGGAGCUUCCUCUUCUGGUGCACAGAAUCAUAAGGUAUAUCAAAAGGAAAUCCACUCCAGGUCUGAAAGAAAAAUUUGCUAAAUUGCAAUUGUUGGAGUGGAAAUGCCUUGAUGAAUCAACUAAACAUAAUCAAUUGUUUUUAAAAAUGAUUAAGUAUGGACAAGAUCCCAAAGUCAAGGUUGAAUAUAUAAGCGAUGUACGCGUAAUUUUCUCAGAGGAAUUUUGCAUUGGCAAAGGAAGUGGUGGAACCCGUGUUUUUCUUGGACUAGGAAAGGAUGGCUACGGUAAAGCAGUGAAACGAAUGCUUCGUGAUGAAUGCAUCAAUCUUGCACAUAAAGAAAAAGAAAUUUUAAAUAAAUUAGGCGCAAAGGAAUCGAAGUUUGUUGUCAAUUAUCACUACUUGGAAGAAGACAAUGGAACAGAACAUGUCUAUUUAAUACUGGACCUAUGUGAAGAAUCGCUGGAGGAUUUUGUGCAAUCAGAAUCAAAUAGUUUGGCUUAUCUUCAAAAAUCUCUUCCCAAAAUUCUCCGACACAUUUUAAAAGGAUUAUCUCAUCUUCAUAGUUGCCAAAAACCUAUUCUCCAUCGGGAUUUAAAGCCUUCUAAUGUACUCCGAGAUGCACAAGGAAAAUUUCUGAUAGCUGACUUUGGUAUUAGUCGAAUUUUGAAAGAUGGAGGUAAGACAAGAGUAAGUAAUGCUAACAGGGGAACUCAGUAUUGGAUUGCUCCUGAAUCAUUUUGUACAGAUGAAAAUCCGAGUGGCAAAGGACGUUACAAAACAGAGUCGGAUGUAAUGAAUGCAGGAAUGGUAGCUUUUUAUGUUGCCACAAAAGGAGACCAUCCUUUUAAAACUGAAGAGAAUAUAUUGAAAGGAAACCCUGUUGGCUUGGAGAAAAUAGAUAAUGUAGAUCUAAAAGAUCUACUGUCAUGGAUGCUACAGCUAAAACCGGAAGACAGACCAUCAGCAAACGAAGCGUUAAAACACCCUUAUCUACAAACCGAUGAGAAGAAUUUCGAUUUGCUGUGUGAUGUUGGGAAUCAACCAGAAAUUAAGAAACCAUCUCCACAUUCUCUUACCUUAGAUGUUUGUAAGCAGUUGAAUCUUUCAAUAGAUUGGAUGGACCGUAUCGAUCCUGAAGUCUUUAAACAUAUCAAUAAAGUAUCCGACUCUACAUGGUUAGGUUGCCUAAGAUUUUUACGAAACGUUCGCCAGCAUUGGUAUGAUGAUAAAACUCGUCCACCACUGUCAUGUGUUAAAGAUGGAAACUAUCAAAAGUAUUUUGUUCGACUUUUUAUGGAACUACCUGUUCUAGUUCACAGAACCAUAAGAUUGAGUGACUGGAAGACAAGACCUGUUCUAAAGGAUCAUUUUCCAAACAGUGCACAUCCUGUCAAAAUUGAAGAAGGUAAAGGAAAGAAAAGCGAAGCUGUUAUUGAUUACCCUGAUCUUAACGUGUAAAUGGUCAGAUCAAAUGACGAAUGGAAAAACAAGAACAUUAUCGUUUUCAUGUUAAAGCUAAAAUGUGCCACAUCAAUGAAGUCUUUUUAUUGUCUGCAAAAGAGGUUUAUGGGAAAGCAAUUGGCAAGAAGGAAAUCAAUGAUACCACAUUUCAAGAUCCUCUUUUAUGUAUGUUUUAAUUUGAGGCUCUUAGGCAAGUUAGAUUAAGUAACCAAGUUGGAUAUUACAUGGCCAGAUUGCUAUGAAUUUUCAUUGGAUUUUACAAUGUUAUAUAAUUAACUAUUUUUUUGUCUUCAAAUGACUAACGAUCUAAAACUGAAGGCGAAUGAAAUUUAAAUUUGAUUUCAAUACAUCAUGUUUGUUUUGUAAAAUAUACAAUAAAUUUUAACAUGUGUAAUUUAAUAGUACAUAGCAUUUCUUCAAGUAUAACAAUGUAUAACAAUACAUAUGAUAUAACUAUAUAUAACAAUAUAAUAUGGAUGUCAUGACUUGUAACGCAAUUAAGGAGUUGCUCGAUCUGUGCUCAAAAUCCGUUGUACUUUAGCGUUAUAUAAGUCUUUCGUAUGAGCUCCGAGCGUGAGUUCAAUGUACUAGAACGCUAUUCAGUUUAUGUACGUCAAUACAGUACACUGCAAAGGGUAAAAGAUUGAUAUGCAUAAAAAGAACAACUUAUUGAAUUGGGGAAAUUGGUAAUAUUUGAAUAAAAUGACACUUUCAUGUGAGGUUGUGA